CUCGAUGAUCUACUCGACAAAAUCAGCUCCUCCAAGAAUUGCUUUGCGCUGAUGAUGUGGCUCCGAGAUACAUAUCUGAGUCAGGAGCCAUGUGAUCAGUCUGACCUGCAUGAAAUGGAUCCCAUGAAAACAGUUGACAUGCUGCUGUUCACAGAGUGUGCAGCAAAAGCAAAGGACAAACUGCUGGAACAUGUACAGAAAGAAGUCAGAGGGUUCCUCGAGAAAAUCCUGCAGCAUGAGAGAAGCGCAGAAGCUUACGAUGAACUUUAUCUGGACACUAUUCAGUGCAUUGAUGCCAUGCACAAAACAGCACAAAAAAUCAGCCCAAAACUCUCUGACUACGUGCAGGAGGUUUGUUUCCAAGAGCUGGGGAUGUUUCUGAAGAGCUACACCACUAUGCAGAUGGAGAUUCUUGAAGAGAAAGCAAAAAUGGACAAACCAGAAACCAAACUCUUCUUUAAGACUUUGAACAACUGUAAUAAACUCGAGCAGUAUGUCCAGACCAAAGCUAAAGACAUCCUUCUCAAGGAAACCAAAGACCAUAGCCUCUUUGAGGAAACCAUGGCAACGCUUAGAAACAUGGAGGAUUUUACUUUGGAUCUUCUGAUGAAAGUCGUAGCUAACACUGCAAAGAGCCACCUUAAGAGAUACUUCAAAUCAGACAACAAGGAAUUCUUCCUCCUAAUAGACCAAGUAAAAAGUCUUUUCUCUGAGCUGUCAUGCUGUCAGGAUAUAGGCCUACAAAAGAGAGUGAUAGACGAGGCCUACAAGCUCAUCACUCACUUUUACCUGAAAUAUCUUAUCCAAAGCAAACAGAGCAAACUGAGAAAGUGCUGGAGCCAAAAUGUUGGACAAACAGUCGCUGAAGAUGCAGAGAUUCUUCACGACACCUUCUCUGUCCUGGCUCCUGGUGUCCGACAGUGCAACCUCAUGCUGCUGAAAGUCAAAGAACUGUUGUGUGAAAGCAUCGAUGCGACAAAGCUGACAGUUGGAAGCAUGCAGACAGACUGUUGCACAUGGAGCGAGGACCUGGAGCUCCUGCCCAAACUGCUACAAUGGAAAGGUCUCUCUGGACGGGAGGUGCUGAAGGUCCUGGAGGUCCUGGAGGACCUCCCUGGAUAUCAACCCAGACCCAGAUCGGCUUUCUGGUUCUGUUGUCUUACUGGCUAGUAAAGGCCGAGCUGCUCUAUGAAGAAGAUCAACUGCAACAAGCAAAGAGGUUUGGGAGUCAUGAACAUUUUCAGAUGAUCUGAAUCCUGUUCAGCCCCCUCUGUUACUGGUGUCACUUCUCAAAUCGAAUCUGUAGAUAGAGAUUCAGACGUGUUACACAAGGUUUUUAUAAGCUUUGACACAAGAAUGAUUAAGUCUGUGUACAAGUGGCUGCUCGUUCAUGAGUUUGCCUAAAUGUCACUGAUUUCCUUUCAAGCAUUUUCGUUUCAGGAAACUAGAUACUAUUUUAAUGCAAAAGAAGAAAAUGUGUUCUGUGUUUCAACUGUGUUCCAGUGCUGCAGAAAUGCC